UUGAUAAAUUUAGUGCAUAAAUAGCAAAAUCACAUAAAAGAAUUCAAAAUUUUACUCGGCUAGUUCGAGCAACCAGAAAAUGUCUGUUCAAAACACCCCAAACCAAUGGUCAAGUGAAAAAAGUAUCAUGAAAAACUAAAUGAAAAAUGGAGACUCGUGGAAUAACCGUUAAACCUUCGAAAUGAUAAUCGAAAAAAUUACUUGAAUGCUAACAAACACAAAAUUUUUCAAUUUAACAAAAAAAAACUUUAAAUAUUUAAACUGUGCCUCAUACAAAAAUGACCAAAUUUAGUGUAGUGAAAAUGUCUUUGACAUAAAAAAAAUAUAAACAAAAAUUGUUUUUAACAAAUUAAAAUUGCACAAAAAGUUGUACUAACAACGAGUAUUUUGAUGAAUGGUUCCACUGUUCUGCAACAAUAAAAAUAAAAACACGAAAACCCAAAAGAGAGAGAAAUUUCCUGUUCUGCAUGCCUCAACAUAGACAAAGUGUGGAAAGUUUGUUUUUUUUUCUGUUAAGAGAGUUGAGAAUAGCGCGAAUGAGAGCAGCAGUGCCGAAAGGACAGUCAGUGCAUCAUAUCAACAACAGCAAGAGUGAGAGCGGCGAAGCUUAAACGAAAUUGAGACGAAAUCAUCACCCACAGUCGCACACACACACACACACACUCGCACACAAUCUGGCCAUCUAUGCUCUGGCAAAAAGAGUGCCUGAACGCCAGUCGUCGUUUUUCAUUCUCCCGAGUUGGCUGCUGGUGAAAAUUUCAAAGAAAAUAAAAAGAAAUUUGUUUUAAAUAUCUUAACAACAACAAUAAAAGGCGGCUGCCGCAGCAGCAGUGAAACAAGAAACACAAGUGAGUGCGUGAGUGAGUAAACGUGAACAAUAACAACUACUUGUUCGACAAAGCCCUCCAACAAAAGGCAAAGUCCCCGCAAACGGACAGACAGACAGCCGGACAGGCUAUCUGUCAGCAUAGAUACUUUUAUUUUGUUUUUUUGUGAUACUCAACCCAAUUUUUGAUUGGUGUGCGGGGCUGUGGCGGCGACUGGGUCUGUGACUGAGGCUACUUGGUAUGCGAGUGUUGUAUCUACAUGCCUAGAUAAUUGAAUCAUAACACAGUGCCACCCUCCGAAGUUAAUCAUCUGCACUGGCCGUCAAACACCAAACAAAACACAAAAUCUACAAGAAAUUCACCAAAUUCCUGCACCUACGUCAUGGCAAAGUGAAACGAUUCUCCCCCCUACACUCGAGUGCCACCAAUUCCACAACUACCACACAGCUAACCGCAACGACAACACCCCGAAAGAGUCCCUCGCAGCAUUGUCACACCCCCCAACCUACAAAGGCCGCUAUGUCACAAGCCGACGAGAACCCCAGAGCCUCCACUUCCAGAGAGGCGGCCACUUUGAAUGUCAAUGGCAAUGGCAAAGUCAUUGCCCGAGGCAGCGCCAAUGGCGGGGAAAUGCGAAAAUCCUCACCACAGAAACAACGUCGUUCCAAGUCAUCGCCACGCCAUGGCCCCGUGGAAGCGAAACCCCGCAAGAGAACCCUGAUCUCCAUACCCAGCACCAUCAAACUGAGUAUGCUCAACAGUGGCCUAUUGUCAUUCGAGAAAAUUAAGCUGGAGGCUCGCGAUGAGAACAACUCCCUCUCGAACAUCAUGCCCACCCAUCCCAUUGACAUACCGUACUUCCUGAAGAUGUGCGAGUUGAGGCGCAAGUUUGCAGUGCUCUACAAAUUGGAAUUUCAAACGGCAGCCAAAGUGGAGACCAACACCUGCCGCCAUGCCAUGAAGAAGAGCAACCAUGGCAAGAACCAAAAUCCGAAAUGCAUUCCCUACGACUACAACCGGGUGGUGCUGAAGAAGGUGGAAGGCGAAGCCGACUCGGAUUAUGUGAAUGCCUCCUAUGUUGACAGCCUUUUGAAGCCCAAUGCCUAUAUAGUGACCCAGGGCCCCGUCGAGGACACAGUCAAUGCCUUUUGGCGCAUGGUGUGGCAGGAGAAUGUCAGCGCCAUCAUUAUGCUCACCAAGACCUUUGACUUUGCCAAGGUGAUGUGUGUCCAGUAUUGGCCACCCAAUAGGGAGGUGCAUGAAACCUACGGUGACAUUAACAUCAACAUAGUCAAGGAGGAGCAACUGGCCAACUUUCACAUACGCACGUUCCGUUUGUACAAGGUGAACGAGGCCAACCGCUCCGAGGUGAUAGAGGAACGCCUUAUUCUACAGUUCCACUACACCGAAUGGUAUUCCCAUUGUUGUCCCUUCUCCAAUGCCUUGCUGGAAUUCCGUCGACGAAUACGUCUGGUGGUGGGCAGCAUUAUCAAGGACAAAGACUCUCGGGGACCCAUGCUGGUCCACUGUGGUGAUGGCGGUGGACGUUCUGGUGUCUAUGUUUCAAUCGAUGCCAACCUCGAGUUGAGCGAAGAAGAGGAGAGCUUCAAUGUGUAUGGCUAUCAGAAGAAGUUGCGUCAGUCUCGCAAGGGCUUAGUGGAGAAUGUCGACCAGUAUAAAUUCAUCUACGAUACGCUCGAGGAGCAUUUGGUGUGUGGCAAAACCUGGUUUCCGGUCUCUGAACUUUCGGAUCGUCUGAAGGCCAAGGCAAGACGCAACUCCCACACCAAAAUGAACGAAUAUCAAAUGGAAUACGACAAGAUCUGCAAGCAAACGCCACGCUUCAGCAUUGGCGACUGCGCCGGUGGCCAUCGUGCCGAUAACCGCGAGAAGAAUCGUGACGUUCUCUGCGUACCACCCGACAACUUUCGACCCUAUCUCACCUCCUUCCAAGGUAACGCCUUUACAGAUUACAUCAACUCGGUCUUCGUCGAUGGCUAUACCAAGCCGCGUGAGUACAUUGUCACCGAGUGGCCCAUGAAGCAUACGCUGGGUGAGUUUUGGUCACUGGUUUACGACACGGAAUGCUCGGCCGUGGUAGUCCUAUGUCAGCCCCCCACUAACUCACAAACCUUCCCCUCAUUCUGGCCCAUUAAAUCCAAAAUGGAGAAGUACGGUCCCGUCUUCUCCGUCCACUAUUCCGCUGCACGCAGUUACACUAACAUCAAACAGUGGGAGUUCAAAAUCAAUAAGAAGAUCGUCUCUCUGACCGAAAUGAUGGCCGGCGUUAAGGCACCAACACGCACGGUACAACUCUUCCAACUGACGUGUUGGCCCAUGGGUCAUAAAGUGCCAACUUCGACCAAUUCGCUGGUCUACCUCAUGAACAUGGUCGAAUUGUGGCGCGCCAAAACCGACUAUGGCCCAGUAUGUGUUGUAUCACCCGAUGGUCGAAGCCGUUGCGGCGUGUACUGUGCCGCUAAUGCUUGUAUCGAACAGGUCAUACAACAUGGUGAAGUGGAUGUUUUUCAGGCUGUCAAGACGGUGAGACGCAAUCGCCCGCAUCUCGUAGAGAACAUGACCGAAUACAAAUAUUGCUAUGACCUAGUUUUGCAUUAUGUUUUACAUUUCCUAAACAAAAACGAUUAAACUGCGCAGAUAUUUUUUCCGGGACUAUGUUUGGAGGAUUUCAAAAGAUAUUGAAAAAUUCAACAGGCGAAAUGGUUCAAUGAGGCCCAAAGGCAGGCAUAUAGGCUAAAUGUGACUCAGAGCACCAUGAAAAGUUUGAGGAGACUUUAAAAUUUAAAGACAAAAAUAAAAGCAAAGGUGAUUUUCAGAGAGUAAAGGGAUUUUAAAAAUUUUUUUCAAUAUUGGGCUAGAGUUUUAGAGAGAUUCUGUUUAAUACUUGUAGAGAUUUGUUAAAAAAAUCAGGUGUUUAAGAAUAUACGAAAAGAGUUUAGGUGGGAUUUUUGUACAAAAGUCAAUAGUUCAAAAAUUGGGUAGGAAUUUCAUGAAAAGUCAACUUUUGGAAGCAGAGGAAGCAGAUUAUUAUUGUUGAAUUAAACAAGGCCUGACAUUGAAAAAAGUUCGUAGAGGAUCUAGAACCAAUUAUUUACAAAUUUUCUCUUUUAUUUCGAAACAAUUUACAAGAGCAAGAAGGAUUUAAAAUUAGUUUCUUUAACAUAUUUACAAACCACUUUGUCACGACCGUAUUCUAUAGGCUAGGAAGUUUGCUAAAUUCAAUAUCAUAAGGGACUUAAAAUUGUUUAGAUUGUUGACGAAAGGUUUCAGUAGCCAUAACUGCAAUACCGCAUAAUUCGAUUGUUCAGCAUUUUUAGGGCACAUUUUUUGUGUCGUGUGUCUAUUUCCAAAAAUUAUAUGUAAUAGGACAAUUGUAACUAACGACGAAACAUCCAAUUUCGAUAGUGCUUAAACCACAGUGAAUAAUAUGUGUAAGAUCAAGUUAUGGAUCAAGCCUAAGCGACUUGUGUAUGUAUAUAAACGCUUGCCUACUAGAUUAGAACAGAGCAGCAAUAAAUUUGCUUUAACAUACAAAAACGCCAACAAAUCAUUUAAACUAUUUCAUAUUAAAAAAAAAUCAAAGACAUGUAUAUUUUUAGUUUUUCCCAAAUUAUGCCCUUCUUUAAAAAAAAAUUAC